AUGGCCACCCCCAAAGAUACAGCAAGCGACGAUAACCUGGAUGUUGCUAGUGACAAAGAGAGAAGGAGCCAGGAGGUGGAUAUCGAAAAAGAUGGACUGCAAGACGACCUGGAACGACAGGCCUCCGAGCCUCCCUACUCCGUCUUCAGCAAAGGCAUGAAGACAUGGAUUAUCUUCUUGGUGUCUAUUUCAGCUCUGAUAUCGCCGUUUGGCGCGUCCAUGUUCCUUCCGGCGCUUAAUGUGCUCUCCGACGUCCUGGAUAUCACUCCUACGCAGGUCAAUAUUUCAAUUACAACGUACAUGAUCGCACAAGCUAUUGCUCCCGCUUUCCUUGGGACCCUAUCGGACAACAGCGGGCGAAGGUUGACCUUCAUCAUAUGCUUCAUCAUCUAUAGCAUCGGCAACAUUGGCCUCGCACUCCAAACAAACUACAUCGCCCUUCUCAUCCUGCGCAUGGUACAAGCUGUUGGUGGCACGGCUGCUAUUGCGUUGACAAUGGCGGUUGUCGCGGAUAUCUCCACGUCGGCUGAGCGAGGCACCUACAUGGGUUACGCACAAGCCGGUGUAUUGAUGGGUCCUGCUUUCGGUCCGACGAUAGGCGGUCUGCUGGCGCAGUACCUGGGCUGGCGAUCCAUCUUCUGGUUUCUUGCCAUCUUCUCCGGCGUGCUGCUUGUGUUAUUCGUGUUCUUGUUUCCUGAGACUUGCCGGAAAGUCGUUGGCAAUGGCUCUAUCCCUCCUCAGGGUGUCAACCGCUCAGUCAUCAGUUGCAUACAAGCUCGCAAGCUUGCAAAGCUGUCACCUGACGAGGUCACCCCCAAGCCCGAGAAGAAAAAGGUCGCCUGGCCAAACCCGCUUGCGACGUUCCGAAUUCUAGCCGAGAAGGAGUCUGGGAUUCUUUUACUCUAUAAUGGCCUCUUCUUCACUGGUAUGAUGGUCACUGUCUCCGCGAUCCCAGAGCUAUUCUAUGCCGCAUAUGGCCUCAACGAAUUGCAUGUCGGCCUUUGCUACAUCUCUAACGGCGUAGCUUCCCUUAUCGCCUCGCUCACCAUGGGUCGAGUUGUCGACUGGAACUUCCGCCGCUAUGCCAAAGCUGUUGGUAUGACCAUCUCCAAGGGCAAACAACAAGACCUCAGCAACUUCCCUAUCGAGCGUGUUCGCCUGCAGAUCUUGAUUCCGUGCCACAUCAUUGGCAUGUUUGGACUCAUCAUCUUCGGAUGGACUCUCAAAUUCAGAACACACAUUGCGGGUCCUGAAGUCGCUCUGUUCAUCAUGGGCUUUGGUGUCACUGGUGCUUUCAAUAUCACCAAUGGCUUGCUUAUCGACCUGCAUCGCGAUAAGCCCGCAGCUGCAACUGCUGCAGUCAACUUUGCCAGGUGUCUCAUGAGUGCUGGCGGUACUGCCGCGAUUAUUCCCAUGUGUCAUGCUAUGAACCCGGGGUGGGCCUUUACAUUCAUAGGGUUUAUCAUGGCGGUAUUACUAAUUGUUGUAUUUUGGGUCAUGAAGGACGGAAUGAAAUGGAGACAGGAGUUGGCGGAGAAGAGGAGGCUCAAAAGCGAGGAACAAGAGAAAAAGGCAAAACAGGAGGAGAAUGCAUCGUAA